AUGCGAAGAAACAGGGAAGAUGGAUCCCUUCAGCACUAAGAACCUGGCUCUCCAAGCUCAGAAGAAGCUGCUGAGCAAGAUGGCCUCCAAGAACAUGGCCAGCAUCUUCAUCGACGACACCAGCAGCGAGAUCCUGGACGAGCUGUACCGGGUCACCAAGGAGUUCACUCACAAUCGCAAAGAAGCCCAGAAGGUCAUCAAGAACCUGAUCAAGAUCGUCGUGAAGUUGGGCGUGUUGUACCGCAACAAGCAGUUUGGCGUGGAAGAGCUGCUCUUGAUGGACCGCUUCCGCAAGAAGGUCCACACCUUGGCCAUGACCGCCGUCAGCUUCUACCAGAUAGACUUCACCUUUGACCGCCGGAUCAUGGCCAACAUGCUCAACGAAUGCCGGGACCUGCUCCACCAAGCCAUCAACACUCACUUGACCGCCAAGUCCCACUCUCGGAUCAACCACGUCUUCAACCAUUUUGCGGACUUCGAGUUCCUCUCGGCCCUCUACGGCUCUUCCGAGCCUUACCAGACCCACCUGCAGCGGAUCUGCGAAGGGCUGAACCAAAUGCUGGAUGAAGGCAACAUCUGAAAAAAACCCACUGUUGUCUUAAGGACCCAGCUGUGGGACUCCGUCGCUUGGGUUUCACCCCCUCUGGAUGUGCUUCUGAUGUAAUUUAGUGGUAUUUUAAGAAUGAGAUUGU